AUGUCUCUACAGACGAGACUCGACAAGAUCCGCUCGUCGCCGAAGCUUCAGAACCAGCAGCAGACCGCAGUGGUACUCGGCGCAAUCGAGGACACUUUGCGCUCGCAGAAAAGCGAGCUCACACCCACUGCCUAUUUUGCUGCGCUUCUCAGUCUACUCGGCCAGUAUAUUUCGAACGACAAAGGACUUGUCAACAAAGAGGGAGCAAGCGCGGUUGUAUACCUGCUCGAUCUAGUGACGAGCCAUGUCCCGGCACCACUUCUACGAUCCAAGUUCUCUCAGAUCCUCGAGAGUCUUGCGCCUAGCUUGACCUGUACGGACGCAGAGGCGCCGUUGUUAAGAGCCAGUAUAGGAUGUCUGGAGUCUCUGCUUCUGGCUCAAGAUUCGCAGUCAUGGGCGCUGCCGCAAUCGUCAAGCAGUCCCAGAGGCGCAGUGGGCGGUCUUCUCGCUUUGGCUGUGGACUCCAGGCCGAAGGUUCGCAAGCGGGCGCAGGACGCGAUCAGCAAUGUGCUGAAGCAUCCACCACCGAGUCCGUCGCUGGAUCAUCCGGCGGGUGAAAUGUGCGCGGAGACAGCGUCACGAGGGCUACAAGCGGCGGCGGAGGAAGCGGGCAGUCGGCGGAAGAAGCAUAAGAGCAAGGAGCAGCAGGACCAUGAUCCGAGGCUCAUGCAUGCACUACAGUUGGUGAAGACGAUUGCGUCUGCGGAGAAUGGCUGGCCGAGCAGGAAGAUCGAUGCGCUGUGUGAAGUGCUGCUCAACAUUUCGAGGAGUAGCAACGAGUUCCUCACGAUGGCGGCCUUUGAGGUGUUUGAGAUUAUCUUUGCCGGCAUGGCCGACGAGGUGUCUUCAGCGAAGUUGCCCAGGCUGCUUGAAGCUAUCACGGAACUGCAGCCGUCGCAGAACGAUACACAACUGCUACCGCCGUGGAUUGCGGUGUUGAGCAGAGGGUAUGAUGUGUCUGCUCAGAUCGAGCCUGAAGCGACCUUUCAAAAGCUGGCGGACCUCUUUAGCAAGAUAUCCACCUUCUUGCCAGCAUCCUCGCACAACAUCCGAGUCUCGGCAUCGGAAUGUCUGAUCUCGCUGCUACAUACUUGCAUUCCUGAUUCAGUUCUACUUGAGCCUUCGAUCAUGGACGACAAGGUGUUGGAGAAGGUUUGCCGGACAUUGCAGGAUCUAUUGAGCGUCAAAUUCCAGUCAGCGUGGAUGGAGGUCUUCAAUGUCUUGACAGCAGCUUUUGAAGUGCUCAGGUGGCGAUCGUAUCCGCUGCUCGAGAGUGUAGUCAGGAGUGUAGGAGACAUGCGAGGGAACGACUCUUUCAGUGGGAAGAAAGAGGCUGACGCUCUGCUGAGUGCUGCCAUUCGCGCAAUGGGCCCGGAUAACGUCCUCUCGAUCAUACCUCUGAACUUGUUCAAGCCAAUGCAAGGCCAGCCUGGACGAGCGUGGCUAUUACCGCUCAUGCGUAGCUCAGUGAGCAAUACGCGACUCGCACACUUCCGCUCGGAGCUUGUACCCCUGAGCGAGACGAUGUUCCAGCGGGUGCUCAACCAUGGCAAUGCCGAGAAGACGAUGGACAUCAAAAUUUUCGAAACUGUGAUCAGCCAGAUAUGGUCGUGUCUUCCCGGAUACUGCGAGCUUCCGCUGGAUCUGAGAGAGCAAUUCGAUCAGUCUUUUGCUGAGCUGAUCAGCAACUUGCUCUACCAGCAGCCACAUCUCAGGACUGACAUUUGCAAAGCGCUGCAGAAUGUUGUGGAAACCAACAAGGCGAUUGCCGACCUUGAGAGCGACGAGAACCUCAUUCAGCAAGGUCGAGUGACGAAAGCAGAGGCGAAGCAGAAUCUGGAUCAUCUUGCCGGUCUUGCCGGGAACCUGCUCGCUGUGCUGUUCAAUGUGUACAGCCAGACACUACCACACAACAGAGGCAAUCUGCUUCAAUGCAUCAACGCUUUUCUGAGCAUCACGCCAGCACAAGAACUGAUGGAGACGUUCCAGCGUGUCGCGAGCAUGCUCGAGACUGCCAUUGCGGAGCAGGCACAGGUUCAGAGCGAGAAGCCUAAGCAGAAGCAGCAACCCUCCAGCGACGAGGCGAAGAACAAGAUGCCACCAACCUCUCACACACUGAUGGAUCUGGUCAUUACCAUGUCCAUCUACCUGCCACGAGAGAGCUUCGCUGGUCUGUUCAGCAUGGCGGCCAACCUCGUCAGCAAGGACGAUGACGCUCAGCUGCAAAAGAAGGCCUACAAGCUUAUCCCACGACUGUCUGAAAGCGAAAUCGGAAGGCAGGCACUGGAAGAGCGCAGUGAAGACCUUCAGCAAUUGCUGCUUGCGGCAACAGACAAGGUCUCCCCGCCAGCCCGUCGGGAUCGGUUGGACUCCCUAGCAAGAGUAGUGCCUUUCCUUCCUGCUUCCGACCUGCACUUCAUUCCCUCAGUACUGUCCGAGGUCGUGAUCAGCACGAAAGAGGUGAAUGAGAAGGCACGCACAGCGGCUUUCGAUCUGCUGGUACUGAUGGGAGAGAAGAUGGCCGAGGGUGGUACGGUGGUCAACUCCAAGGUCCCGCACAUGUCGCCAGACGCGCCCUCUGCACCCGCCAGUCUCGAGGAGUACUUCACCAUGGUGUCUGCUGGUCUGGCCGGCUCGACUCCGCAUAUGGUGUCCGCCUCCAUCACUGCGCUUACCAGGCUUCUGUACGACUUUAGAACGCAGCUCAAAGAUGAGACCAUCUCGGAUCUCGUCCAAACCAUGGACCUGUUCCUGACCUCGAACAACCGCGAGAUCGUCCGAUCAGUGCUAGGAUUUGUCAAGGUCUGCGUUAUCUCGCUAUCCACUGAGCUCUUGCAACCACGACUGCCCAGUCUCAUCCCAAAUCUCAUCACGUGGAGCCACGAGCACAAGGCUCAGUUCAAAGCUAAAGUCAAGCACAUCUUUGAGCGGAUGAUUCGGCGGUUUGGUGCAGACCUCAUCGAACAAUACACUCCAGAGGACGAUCGAAAGCUGGUCACCAACAUUCGCAAGACCAGAGAGCGCAGGAAGAAGAAGCGGGAUGCGGAUGAUGGCGCGGAUGAGAAAGUCGACGACAGAAGAAAGGGCAAGUUCGAGAGCGAGUACGACGAGGCAGUGUACGGCUCGGGCUCCGAAGAUGAGUCUGGCUCAGACAUCUCUGACGAUGAGGUUCUCGGUCGCUCGGCAGCCAAGGGCCAGAAAGCCAAACAGCAGCAAUCCAAGCAAUAUAUCGUGGAAGACGACGACGAGCCGCUGGAUCUGCUGGACCGUCGAGCACUGGCGCACGUGUCCUCCACCAAGCCUAAAGGAGCACGCGCUGCACCGGAUGCGACGAAGAAGAAGGCCAAGACCGAUAUCGACGGCAAGCUCGUCUUCAACGAGGAGUCCGACGACGAUGACGUGAUGGAGUUUGACGAUCAAGGCAUGUCUAACGGCCAAGAGCCGGGCGAUGGGACGCUUGAAGGUGGCAUCAAUGCCUAUGUCAACGCUAUCAAAGGCCGAGAUGCGCCGCAAGAGGGCCAGAGGAGGAAGCUGAAGUUUAAGAAUAAAGGUGCUCCUGGCGGCGGUGAUGAGAUGGAGAUUGAUGAAGGGGAUGUUGUGGCUGCGAAGAAGAGGAUGGGCGCCAGUCCACGUGGGCGCGGGGGGAAGCAGAAGUCUAUGAGGAGAGGGUUGGGGAUGGAUAAGGUGCGUGGUGGGCAACCGAAUGGCGAGAGGGGUGGUGGGGUUAGGAAGCCGAGAGGCGGGAGUGGCCGGGGUGGGAGUGGGAGGCAUGGUCUGCAGAGUAGACGUGGGAAGAGACAUUGA